AUGUGCGUGACUUUCCUGAACAUUGAUAAUGAUCCAAACGCUAACUACAAAUUGAUGCUUGUUAAUAACAGAGAUGAACAGUUAGAUCGAGUGACCAGUGCUGCUGAUUGGGAACGAGGAAUCCUAGCCGGUCGCGACGAAAAGAAUGACUGUCGCGGGACCUGGUUGUGCAUGGAUGAGGGAGGUCGUAUUGGUAAUUUGCUUUCCAUCACGGUUCCCUUUCAUCAACGAAAGCUCAAUGCUCCUAGUCGAGGAGUAAUCCCACUGAGCUUUCUGCAAUCAGGACUGGGACCAAACGAGUUCUGCCAGUCGCUUUCAACUCAGUGCGAAAAGUACGACGCUUUCCAAGUACUCUGCUUACAAAGGGACGAAGCAGACAACUAUGAAAUGUGCGGACUCGCCAACCAACUUGUUGAAAAAGUUGAACCUAUUAUUUAUAACGAUGGUCUACACGGAUUUGGAAAUUGUCCGCCAAAUAAGCCAUUUCUGAAAGUAAAAAGAGGCAUCGAACUGAUGGAACAAGUUGUUGAAGAAGAGAAAUCUGAUUGCUUAAGCAAAAUGGAGUUAAUCAAUCGUCUACUAAAUGUAGUUACAGACCGAAAAAUGUGUUAUCCAGAUGAGCAACUCCAUAAACAGCUUGCCCGCUCUGGGGAGAUUUGUAAAUAUAGAAGUGCCUUGCAUGUGCAGUAUCCAGACGGCAUACGUUUUGGCACCAGAUCGCAUACCAUCAUCUUAGUUGACCGCUCCAACCACGUCACCUUCUACGAGAAGCGGAUGGUUAAAGUCCCGAAGUUAAUCAGUAACGCUGUUUGGGCUGAAAACGCUUUUCACUUCGAUCUUUCUUGA